GGCAUACGAUGCCGGUGGGAAAAUAGGCUGCGUUUGACAUAUUGUGCAGCCAACUAGCUAGUUAGUUAAUGUUUAGCACUAUUUAUCACAAAAGUCUUUGUCUUCGAGUGGAGGUACCGGAAAAGUUUCCUGGACAGCGGCUCACAGUGGUCGCACCGUUAGCUAACGUUAAAGCUAAACUGGAGACGGGAUGUAAAUUAAUCCAGACGGGACCAGCCCCAGGAGCCGGUAGCAGCAGUCAGUCACACCCUUGUCUGGGAUUUCUGGCGGAACCCUGCCUCCUGAGCAAUAUCAGCCUGCUAUCCUUCACAUGUUGUGAUGUUUUGUGUAAAGAAAUGUUAGCCCCAGACGUCUGAAUUGGGCGUCAGAAAAGCUGUGAGUUAACUGGGAAGUGUGGACUGGAUAUGACUGACUCAUCAUCAUGGUACGGACAGAGGAGAUAACCCUGAACGGUUUGUCUGCUGCAGGGCCAACCAGAUAGCCUCAUCAGCUAGCGAGACUGCUACAUUAUUCGCGCAUUCAAUCGUUUUCCACUCUAUACUGCCCCUCGUAGUCAACUUGGCAUUAUGAAUUCCCCGAUGUACACCUUUGUCACCCGUGACGACAACAGCACUGUUUAUGCAGAAGUUUCCAAAAUCCUCGUCUCAACCGGACAGUGGAAGAGGCUGAAAAGAGACAAUCCCAGAUUCAACUUAAUGCUUGGUGAACGGAACAGACUGCCCUUUGGACGUCUAGGUCAUGAACCAGGACUGGUGCAGCUGGUGAAUUACUACAGAGGUGCAGACAGGCUGUGCAGGAAGGCGUCUUUGGUCAAGCUAAUAAAGACGAGCCCAGAGCUGUCCGACUCCUGCAACUGGUUCCCAGAGUCCUACAUCAUCUAUCCCACUAACCUCAACACCCCUGUUGCUCCAGCUACAAAUGGCAUCAGCCAUCUGAAGAACAAUCCCAAGACGGAUGAACGGGAAGUUUUCUUGGCCUCCUAUCAUGCUAAAAAAGAAAGUGGGGAGGGCACAGUGUGGAUUGCCAAGUCCUCUGCCGGAGCUAAAGGUGCUGGUAUUUUGAUAUCCCAUGAUGCUAAUCAGCUGCUGGAGUACAUCGAUAAUCAGGGACAGGUUCAUGUUAUUCAGAAGUACCUGGAGAAGCCUCUGCUUCUGGAGCCGGGACACCGCAAGUUUGACAUCAGGAGCUGGGUGCUAGUGGAUCAUCAGUACAACGUCUAUUUAUACCGGGAGGGUGUGCUGAGGACUUCCUCAGAGCCCUACAACAGCUCUGACCUCCAGGACAUGACCAGCCACCUGACCAACCACUGCAUCCAGAAGGAGCACUCCCAGAACUACGGACGAUAUGAGGAGGGGAACGAGAUGUUCUUCGAUGAGUUCAGGCUGUACCUGCUGAACACUCACAAUGUCACCCUGGAGACCACCAUAUUACCUCAGAUCAAGCAGAUCAUAAAGAGCUGUCUGACAUGUAUUGAGCCGACAAUCAGCACCAAGCACCUGUCCUACCAGAGCUUCCAGCUCUUUGGAUUUGAUUUCAUGGUGGACGAGAGCUUCAAAGUGUGGCUCAUUGAGAUCAAUGGAGCUCCUGCCUGUGCACAGAAACUAUAUCCAGAACUAUGUCAAGGUAUCGUGGAUGUGGCCAUUUCCAGUGUCUUCACCCUGAACAGCGGUGGUGACUCCUCGUCUGCUUCCUCUUCUCCUUACUCCUCCUCCCCAUCCUCCACGUUCACCACCAACUCCUGCUCCUCUCCCAAACUGAGAGCGCCUCUUCACGUGGGCCCUUUCACACGACUGUAAGCACACAGAUAUCCCCCUCGUCUCCUCCGUACUAGAAGCGUCUUCAUCCUCUGUCCUCACUCCUAAACUGUACCUGAAGAGUAGCACAUGCCAGCGAGCCGAGCCUUUAAUUGUAGCUUGCCUGUCAUGCCUGGAGGUAGUUGGUCUUUCUAUGGAACUUUACUCAACUGCAGAAAUGAUCUCUCCACUCCUGAUUAUGCAUAUUAUGAAUGUGAGGAUGGUUAUGAUUGGAUCAACAAACUUCCUGGGAGUUUCUGAAUGAGGACAGAUAGCCUUCCAUCUCAGUUCCACCACCAGUUUCUCCCCAAGCAGAUUAAUGGAGUUCUGAAGGAUGCAGACAUGCUCCAACUGAGACUGUAGUGCCUUACAUUUCCAGCCAUGCUCCCUUAAAAAGACUGCCAGUUAGCUUGCUGUGUUACUGUGACUUGUACAUGUUCUAUAAGCCUUUGCACUGUUGCUCUAUAAAGUCAAUGCGGUCAUGAUCAGUCCAUGAGACUUAGCAUAAAACAGAUUCCUUGAUAUUUGAGAUCUCAUUCAAUUUGUGUAAUUUCGAAUGCUAGUUUUCUCAACAGACAUUCUUCUCAUUUUUUCAUCCGUGAGGAAUGCUAACAGUGAUCAAGGUUUGCCUUGAAAAUCAACAUUCCUCUUAACUUUGACUGUGUGGACGCUUCAUAUUAUUCACAUUCAGGGCAGCAGGGUGGCAAAAGUGACCAGGGAGGCUGUCCUUCAUCCGUCCCUGCAAGUUCUGUUCAAGUGUCCCUGACCUCUGUAUGGCUGAGAGCAAAGGGAAAAAGAGAACUCCAUAAGGGGGGCCAAUAAAGUAUUAGCUGACAUUAUUCUGUUCUCAACAAUGUCUUUAUACAAUAGUCCAGCUGAAGAUGUUUUGUCAUUUGAAGAGAGCAUGUUUGUGUGACAGCAUGUCGUAGUAGUAUGCAUCCUCAUUUAAACCUCCACAACACCUUUUGCCCCGGUUUGUAAAGAGCUGCCCUGAUGUUUUCUUUCUGAUGGAUAAAAAAAGCUAGACUGUCAUUGUAAAGUGUUAUCAGCAAGUGGGUUAUGUUCUUGAACUGCUGAAAUGAAAGUAGAAUAGAUUGUACAAAGUGUGUUUCUGAAGUAUUUAAAGACCCCAUGAAGUGAAACUGACUGGACAUAAUAAACAUUUUAAGAUAACAGAGUUGCCGGAGAGCAAAAACACAGCCACAGGUCUUCACCACACUUCAUAAAUGCCUUUUUUGUUUCUUGGGGUCCUUAAAAUACUUCAGUUUUCCUUCCUUUGAUAAAUCUCUUGUGAAUAGAUAGGACCGUAGGAGUGUACCUGUCCAAGAUGACUUGUGUCAAAUGUAUUUUAUGUUAGACUGUUUGUUAGAAAGGAAUGUUUAGUUUUUUUGCAGAUGAAACUCAAAAUUAGCUCGAAAUUUGCACAUUGGGUAGUUGACUCCACUGUUGUUUUCCAGGGGCUCAUUUUAAACAGAAUAAAUCAUCAUAGGAGUUUUACUAGGUAUGUCUCUAAGAAUUGUAUAAUCCCUGCUGCUCCUCUGUUUUAACUUCAGUUCAAAUGUGUGAGGCAUUGCUUCCCAAUUUAUGAGUAACAUAAGUUAAGGGACACCAUUACAGCAUUAAGUUAUGUUUUUAAUCCCUGCGUAUUUGUGUUUACAAGCUGACUCUGGGGAAUGAAGGAUAUGUAAGUGGCAGAAGGUCGGAAAGAUGGAGUAGUUACAGAGCAGGUUAUACUGAUAAAUUCAACCUUGUUCUUUGAAAGAACAUGGCUAUUAUAAAGAUUAAUCCCAGUCACUAACAAUAUAUGAUCCAUUUCUGUGAUGUACUACAGAGCCCUGCUGCAGCUGAAAUUGUGUUUGGAAGUUUGAUGUUAGCAGAAAAAGGGUAUGUAUGACAUGAUUGUGUUGGCAAAUGAGUUCCAAAUGUUUGCUAUUUUUUGAAGUAUCAAAAGCAAACUAUCUGUAUUUGUUUUUACUAAAUUUGUAGGGAAAUGUCUUUCCAUCAAAGGGAAGGGUGCCUUAGAGGGAAUUGCAUAUUGAUAACAAGAAGCAAUGGACCUCCAGCAUUUAAAUGCACCUUCAUUUGUUUGUUUGCAUCAAAGUGAAUUUGCCUCAUUCAUUAUUUGACCUCUUAAAUUUAAUGAUGUCAUUUCCUCUAAUUCAGUUUCUUUGCACAUCUGGCUCAGUUUGUUGUGGUUUUUUUUAUGCGUGUCAUGCUUUUCCUGGAUUUCCUCAUCUUUACCAAAGAUCAAAUUCAUGCUGUAUUUCCAGUGUCAAAUAAUGUUUUGUAGCUGCUAAAAUCUGGAUAUUAUCACGUUAACUGGCCAACAUGCUCCAAAAGCAAGUAUCACAUUCAGAGGGAUGUCUGUGCUGUGUUUUUGUUAGGUGAUGUUUUAUCCAAAAUCUUGCAUGAACGUUUGUCUUUAUCAGAAAAAAAUAUUACUACAAUA